CAAUGGGAGCGGAGUGCAGUGCGCGAGUGAAGAUUGUUGACAGUAGUAAUGGAAAAAAGUGAUCCUAUUUAUUAUUCUCACUCAACAGUUAGCUGUGAACCAGUGAAACAAGUCCAUCGUUUAUAUCGUUUCAGUUUUAGUAUUUUAAUGUGAUGACUACUGAUUUUUUUCAUAACACUAAGCGGUAAACAGUAGCGGAUGCAGCAAAAGGCAGCAACAUGUGCGAGAAUGAACACAACGUGGCUCCACUGUUGUUUGAUUUCCAGUUGCAUGCUGAUUACUGCAUAACCAGUCUAGCACCCAUCGCCUUCUAAACAUGGGACAUCAAGACGCAGGUGUUUUCCGACCGAAGGUUGGUCGCACCUUUGUCUUGACAUUGGCCAUGGGUAUACUGUUUGGAUUCAGCUUUGCAUAUAUAUUACUUGCCACAAGCCGUGUGGCAGUGGGUGAAUUGAGCCUUUAUCCAGUUAGCAGGCCAAUGUACUCUCAUGACCCACAUCAUCACAGUGAUUUGGACAAUAUCCAAGGACCGGACAUUGGCUCAUUUGGUGUCCACAGCCACGAAGAAGAGUUUCACAAAGAUGAGGACAAAGUAGCCCGUAAAUUGGCGCAGAAAGUCAGAGUGCUCUGCUGGGUGAUGACUUCACCAAAGAAUCAUAAUCUGAAGGCACGUCAUGUCAAAGCAACUUGGGGACAUCGGUGUAAUAAACUGCUUUUCAUGAGCAGCACCAAUGAUACAUCAUUACCAACUGUUAAGCUCCCAGUGAAAGAGGGUAGAGAUCAUUUAUGGGCCAAAACAAAAGAAGCAUUUCGUUAUGUGUAUAAUCAUCAUCUAAAUGAUGCUGACUGGUUUAUGAAAGCUGAUGAUGACACGUAUGUGAUAGUAGAAAACUUGCGCUACAUGCUGUCUGCUCAUAAACCUACUGACCCAUUGUACUUUGGUUGCCGAUUCAAACCAUAUGUAAAACAGGGGUACAUGAGUGGUGGUGCAGGUUAUGUUCUGAGUCGAGAGGCAGUGAGAUUAUUUGUGGAGGAGGGACUUCCAGACAAGAAAAAAUGCCGUCAAGAUCAUGGUGGAGCUGAGGAUGUUGAGAUGGGUAAAUGUCUAGAAGCUGUGGGGGUUAAGGCUGCUGAUUCACGAGAUUCUCUUGGUCGAGGCAGGUUCUUUCCAUUUGUUCCAGAACAUCAUCUUAUUCCUGGACACACUGACAAGAACUUCUGGUACUGGAACUAUAUUUAUUAUGAAUCAAAAGAGGGCCUGGAGUGCUGUUCUGACAGUGCAGUCUCCUUUCACUACGUUUCACCUAAUCACAUGUAUGUGCUUGAAUACCUUAUUUAUCAUCUACGCCCAUAUGGAAUUACUCAUUAUGUGGAAGAGCAGGUUUCUUCAGAUGAGCCCAUAACAGAAAAAGCAUCUGACAGUGGAACAUUAAAACCUACAAAACGUGAAAUCAAAAAUACUCAUUGAGGAAGUGGAGAUUCAUCAAAGGUGAUACAAGACGUUAGUUUGGAGUUCAAAACAUAUACUUACCGUUACCUGUAAAUGGUUGAAAAGCAUAUGUGGAAGGCCUUGUGAAACCAAGGUUCUUUUUUUUCCUAUGAAUACCUCUGAUACCUGUUAAAGUGAUUUCUUAAGAGUAAGAAAUAACAGAACUUUUUUUACUGUGUUUUCAAUUUUAAGCAGAAAGAAAAAUUUCAGAUGUGACUGAAAUGAAUCACGUUUUAGUGUUCUGAGAUUUUGUAUGUUCCAGGGUUCAGUAUUCUUAAGCCAUAGAUCUGCCAUUAAUAUGAAUGUGUUUAGGUGGUAAUUCAGGAACUGAUUGUAGUUCAGUGUCAUGUUUCAAUUUUUAAUUUUAGCUGUCUUAAUCAGCUUUUGAAGUCUGACUAUGAUACUGAGUUUUUUGCCAGUAAAGAAACUAUUGUGAAAAUUUUGAGUAGUUAAAAAGAGACAGUGUUGACUCCUUGAGAGCUAAUGACUAGUCAUGUUAGAUUUUUGCCAUGGGUGAAUUCAUGCACUCUUCUGUCUGUGAUAAUAAGAAAAGGAUUCAUAACACAGUAUUGUUGUGACAAUUUUGUACAAACUAGGUUGCUCAUUAAUGAUUAUUCCUGGGAUGAAAGACUCCAGUCGCUCUGGUGUUUGAGGAGCAACAGUAAAGUAUACUGGUGAAAUUCUUGUGAUCAAUAGAUUUUUGAUUUUGUGGAGAAAGAUUUGUACAUGUAUGUGAGUUUAAUUUGUUUGGUGAUUGAUGUAUGUCCUCUUAGUAGAAAUUGAAGAAUGAGGAAAAUUUGUGGAUUACUACAGAUGUCUGUGAUUGUGCCAUAUCAGGACUUCUGUAUAGGUUUAAUAGCUUACAUAUCUUAAAUACAACUUUGAAGUUUGUAGUUUCUUUUAUCCUGUGUGCAUUUACUUGUCCUUGAAACAAGCUGAAUUAAAAAACAACUAAAUAAAUAAAAGCAGGGCCCUUGGCCAGCUGUUCUCAUUGUGUGCGUUGUUUAAUGGCCACCAUUGUCUAAUUUAAUGCAUAACUUACUUUAUACUAUAAAUAGAGUGCAGAGUAGUGUAGUGGCUGUAUUUUCAACAAAAACAUUUAGUCUUGUGAUUAAAUUUAUAUACUUUCCCAAUUCUUUUGAUACCACUCAGCACCUAGUAACAGUAUCAGCAUCUUAGGUCAGUUUGCAUAUAAAUUUUUUUGGAUAUAAGGCAACUGUGGAAGAAAAGACUGAUAUAUGAUAUUAAUGAGUGAAAUCAAACUGUAUUUCUUGUAUUUUUACAGAAUCUCUCUCUCUCUCUCUCUCUCUCUCUCUCUCUCUCUCUCUCUCUCUCUGUUUAAAAUUCUGUUUUGCUCUGCUUUGCUGUGUGUGAGAUUAUCUACUGUAAAUCAUCUCAUAUGCUUUUCUUGUGAAUUUCUUUUGUUAUGCUUAGACAGUGAAGAGUCAUUGUUUUUAAUUCUGAAUUCAGUCUGUAGAAAAUGUUAAUGUAAACAGUUAUUUGUUAUAACUAGAGAGUUUAUAAGAUAAGAGUCUGCUGCAGCAUUUAAUUUCUGUGUAUUGUGCAGUGGUCCUAGGUGUAGUAUUCACAACAUAUUUUCAUACUCUAAGAAGAAUAUUUAUUCUGCAAUUGUUCUUUUUUGUGCUGCUUACAGUGUUACUCUUCCUUUUAUAUAUUUGUAGUAUAAAAGACUAUGCAAAAGACUAGGAGGGAAACUAAACCCAUUUUUCAUUCUGUGUGUUAUGUGAUGUAUUAGUUGCAAAGUUGACACCUUCUUGGAGUCAUCUUACCACAUUGUACUGACCUCCAGCCUACAAUGAAUUUAAUUAAAACUAUUGAGCACAAAUGUGAUAAUCAUAAUACACCUACAAACAUAUUGAUAUUCGUUACAUUGAAUUAAAAAAAAUGUCUAGUAUAUUUUUUCAGAUGAUACACAUCAACAAUAUUCUGCACUUGUAGAUAUGGAACUAUGGAAGUUUGCUCUAUUUUUGCUCUGUUCUUUAGUUUUUAUGUCCUGUCUUUUGUGUUACAUUGGAGAGUAGUCAGAAGUAAGGAUAAUAAUUUGAUAUUUCAAUAUGUUUCAUAUGAAUUGCUCUUUGAUGUUUGACAAUCAACCAACACAGUAAAAAAGUUUAAGGUUACAUUAUUUGCCUCCAUUGCUCAGUAAAGUAUGCACUCACUGAAAAUUAUAUAACAGAACAUUGAAAUUGUAAAUAUCUGAAUAUUACAUUUAAUAACUACUCAUGUUAUUAAAUACAAGACACCUUAGUUCCACAGUCACCUAAUGGAUUUUUUGUAUGAAUUUUUCAACUAAUAUUUUAUUUCAUGACUUGUUAGCCCCUCUUUCUUCAGUCACAUCUCCUACUUUUCACAUAUUUUAGAAUGUUAAUAUCAGGAAUUUUUGGCCUUAGAUGUUUUUUUUUAAAUAAUACAUUCUUCAGUAUAAACUUGGCAAUAGUGGUCUAGUGGAAAAAUAAACAGUUAUACUGUUGUGUAGAAUCAUAAAAAGAUGGUACAUUGAGCAUUGGCUAUGAGGAGUGCAAGAAGUAUCGACCAUCACAUCACCAUGUAUGCAGUUCCAAUUUUUCAGUGAUUUAUUUGUAGAAAUAUACAUUUUUAUGAAGUGAUUGUCUUCUUUGAUUAAUUUAGAUAUACCCAAAUGAAAAUUUAUCCAUAGUGGCAAGAGUUUUUUUUGAUUGUAUUGGAAAACAGCACACUGGUGGCAGUAGGCUGUUCAUCGCUUGAGAUUCACCAUUUAUUUGAUUCAUCAGUAGGUUCUUUAAGGCUUUCCAAGAUUCAUAUGUUUGACAUUGUGUCAACUGUUGGGAACUAUCUGAAUCGUUAUAUUAUUCUUAAAAUCAGGUUUGCUUGGAUCAUUUGUAAAUCUUUUUAUUUUUACAAGAAAUCUUGGUGAACCUGUUUUUUAAGAAUAAUAUUUUGAGGUUUAUUAUGUUACAGAUUUCUCUGGAAUUUGUUCAAAACAAAUGAUUUCUCUGUGCAGAUUUCAUUGUAGUUCAUGUACAGGCAUACUUAAUUACUAUAGAUUGCAUUAUUAGUGUUUUGAAGAAGAAGCAAAUUAGUUUCUGAACCAGAAAAGACAUUUUUAUCUUAUGUAGGACAUUUCAUCAUCUUCAUACUUUUGGCCUUUAAUUAUUGAGAGACAUUCUAACUAGUAUAAGAAGCUAUUUUCCUGCAUCCACUUGUCUUCAUUUUCAGCUGUGUAUGACUGACUGUGAAAUCUGAAGUAACUAGUGAAACUUUCUUGUGACAGAUAUAUUUGCCACAGUGUACUACUUGAAAUGUAGAUAGUAUAAUAGUUUUCUUGAGACCGGAAUGUUGGUGAAUGUAAAUAUAUUAUGAAGUGUAAGUGCUAUCAACUCACAGACUACAUGCAUAUCAUGUGCACGGUGUCGGAGAAAAUGCUGACCAAGAUUAUAAGAUGGCAAAAAGCCCAAGAAUGAUAGACAAAUCUGGGAGAUUUAAGAAAAAAAUGCUGCAAUCCUAGUGACUUCAUGGGGUAAAUUCCACAGUGAUUUUGCUUUCUGUGAUCUUGCUUAAGCUAUCUGUUCCAGCAAAUUUAUUUGUUUUCCUGUAUGUUGUUCUAUCAUUUGUAUUAAUUGGUUUCCAGAAAAAAGUCAGUGCACUCUACUUUAUUAUCCCACAUUUUCUUUGCAAACUAAAACACUGUGUUAACUGCUUGUCUUGCUAGAACAUUGUAAGAUGAUGAUUUUGUAAAAACUAUGGAUAUAUGAAGAUAUACUGUUAUUUGUCUUUCUACUAUUGGUCCUCAAAUUUCCUGUAGAAGUUUUGAAAGAAAUUGUGGUUUUAGUUUAAGAAAUCUGAAUUCAUAAAGGGCUUUGUAAGGAGGAUGCUUUUACAACAAACUGAGCAAAAUGAACAGAAUGAUAUGUUUUUUCCAAUUUGAUAUACCAAGACAUUUUUGUUCUUACUGUCAAGGGCACCCAUACCGAGGGGGUUAGAAUCCUCCCCUCCCCCCCCCCCCCCC